AUGUCGCUUCCUCGGCGAAUCGCUCUCGUGCUUUUCAUUCUCUCUUGGCAAUGGAAAGUUCUUGCCAGCUCCACCGAGAACAACAUCUCCGAAAGGAUCUUGAUGACAGCAGGUUCUCCGUUUACACUCAUCAUCAGCUCCCAAGAUGAAUUCUUGAUGCGUGAAGGUGCUGUUGUAUCAGCUAUACUGAAAGGCGGCUCCAGCACCGGAGAAGACUUGUACUACGCGAUGGAGGCCAAUUCGAACAUGGAGUUGUCAAUAACACCGCAGAAAGCCGGCGCGAUGGACUUGGAAAUCAGGAAAGCUGUCCCUGGAAUGAAACCAAUAGUUUCAGGAUAUUACCGAUUUCAGAUCAAGACAGACGGGUUGGAUAUGACCUCUGGAUAUGCCAUGACUAUAAACAAGGAUCUGUACAAGGCCGGAGAUCAAAUACAAAUGACCAUCAAAGUCCGAGACAAAUAUCAAAAUCCUACACAAGCAUCUCUAGAUAGUUUUGAAAUUACAGCGAGGCAUUCCGUCAGCAACAGGAUAUACAACAUCUUGGCUUCUGAAAGUCAAGCAUGGGAUCAUUUGGAUGUAGCGACAAUAUCUACAAUAGCGGGGACAUUUACGGUAUUCUGUCGCUACGAAGGAUUUCACGUCCACGGCAGCCCUUUUCAGAUAAACAUCUCUCCGAACGUCGCUUCAGUCUCGUCCUUUCGUACGGUUGGUGACGGAUUAUCCAUCGCCACAGCAGGCAUCUCAUCUCAAUUCACUGUGUUUUCAUUCGACGAACACGGAAACGAAGUCUCCAUCUCAUAUUCGAAUAUGCAGCUCAACGCUUCAAAGAUGUUCGGUUCAUCCUUCGGGAGUCAAUUCAAGGUUCUCACAGGGCAGUCAAGCCCAUUCACAAUUGCAGCAUACGACUCGUACAUGAAUCCUAUAAACCUCAAUGACGUCAUCUUCGAUAUGAUUCUGGUGUAUUCCGUGGCUGGCGUCAAGGAUGUGAGAGGAACGCUUAUCCAAGUCAACGGCAGCUCCGUCAUCGUGUAUAAUGCCACUAAAGCUGGAUACGGACGAGUGGUCAACUGUAUUUUGACUCCUGGAAUCUCUGAAACAUCAGUCGAGAUAGUGCCUGCUCCUGUGUGCGCCUCUAAGAGUCAAUUGCUCGGGUCCGGCCUGACGCUCAUGACAGCAGGGACCCCAUCAAAACUUUCAAUCGUUGUCCAGGACUCGUUCCAGAACGAUGUACCUGGUGAAACGAUUGUUCUCCGCGAAUACGAUACCUCUUCUAUGCUCUACAACACUUCAUUACAGUCAUUCUCAGUCUCCAUCAAUCAGAAGGGAUCCUUCCUAGUAUCAUAUUAUCUGUUGCUUUCCGGUGGAUUGUCUUCCACAUAUUACAGCGAUCGGUUUUUCACUACUCCUAUCUUAGCAUCUACCCAAGAUUCACAGCUUCCAGCCUUGUCGGGAUAUUAUGGUGGAAGGAAGAGAGGGUUCUUGAAGCCCAAGGUGUCAGGGAUGUAUACCAUCUAUGUCAACAGUUCUUCACCUACAAGGUUGUACUUCAAUGGUAUGACAUUGUUUGACAGCUUUCUACCCACAUCACCUCUUGUCAUCAAUCAGCAGUUUUACUUGGCUACUUCCAAUCUGUAUGAAGUCGUGAUCGAAUACUUUUAUGUCACUGGAGUUUUCUAUUUGGAGCUCGAUUGGAGUGGUAGCGGCUUUGAUAGACAAGUCGUCGAUCCAGAACAACUCGUCUUUCUUGCCUCCAUAGGAGACAGUCCGUUUUCAGUCCAAGUUUUACCGUCUUCUGUCUGUGCAUCUAUGUCUACGGUGUCAGGGCAAGCCUUGGGUGUGCAAACAGCAGGACUGAUUUCCAUUCUUUACGUUCAGACGAAAGACAGUUAUGGCAACGAUCUUAAUUCAGCCAUUACCAAUCAGAUUAUCGUUGAGUUUGCAAUCGAGACAAAGUCUGCAAAAGCUGUCAGAAGCACAGCGUCCUACUUCUCUGCUGGUUUGUGGGCUUUCAUCAUCCAAAAUGUCAACAUCGCAGGCUCUUACAACAUAUUCUGUUCGUUGACAGAAGUUGGAGGCAUCACGGCGGCUGUUUCAUCUGCUGAUUCGGUAGCAACGAUCACACAGUCGUUGAGUUCUCUGUCUUUCAACGUGUCAAACCUGGAAAUCCCUUCCGAUUGGAAUAGUUUGAAUGCCCAUUUGACAGGAUUCCUUCAGAUUUCAUCGAGUCUUUCACGGACCUUUGAGUUGACGUUGUUGUCAGUCAAUGAUCGUGUACGCAUUUGGAUUGAUAACUUCAUCUUCGUGGACCAGUGGGACAGCUUGCAAUCUUUAACUUUGCAGUCAAACUACACGUUCAAAUCGACCAGUCUGUUCUACUUUGAAGCCGACUACUCCACUUCAACAUUGAGUAGCGGACUAUCAUUGCGAUGGAAGAAUGCGCUGGUGACUGAAGGUUUUGUUUCGAUCACCUCCAACAAUCUCUUCUUCUCCUAUCCCAUCAAUGCUAGUCCAUACAAGACUACUGUCAACCCGUCUAUCAGCAGUCCCACAUUGUCUCAAGCAUACGGCAAUGAAUUGUCGCUGACAACUGCUGGAACGCUGUCACAGUUUGCUGUGAGGACGAGAGACCAGUAUGGAAACAGUAUCGAUACGUGUGAAUAUUCGCGUUAUUUUCAGAUCUCUCAAGCUGCGUAUGACUAUCAGAAUCAGUCUGUUUCAACCUCAGCAGACUGCAGCAUUUCAUAUCUGUUGACCCAUGCAGGACGUUACGAUGUCGAUGUGUCCUUUCUCUAUCCUGGAAGUCUGUCAGCGACGUACUAUCAGAGUCUUAACCUUACUUCGCCAAAAGCAUCACUGGUAGAAGGAGUGCCCAACGUCAACCUUUGCACUAGAUCUGUUUGUAGUUGCAAUGGAGUUCCGACAGGAAGCAAUCUGCUCAGAGGUCAAUCCUUCAGCUUCAGAUAUCAAGGAUCGAUUGUCCCCGUAUUAGGACAGACGUACAACUUCUCCUUGAAAGCAAAUAGCAUUGAAGAGAGGAUGCGCCUGUGGAUAGAUGAUCAAUUGCUUGUUGACUCAUGGUCGUCAUUGGCAAGUCUUGAAGUGAGGUUCCCUUACACGUUUCCUACGACUUCAUCCUUCUAUCCCAUCAGAGUAGAAGCGAACGUUCGGUGCGCGGCAAAUUAUGAUCUGGAGCUUCAAUGGCAGGUAGGAGGAGCCGCCUUUUCCCUGGUUCCGUCUUCAGCGUUCAUUGCUCAGGGGCUCUUUCAGGGUUUCCCACAGAACUUGACUGUCAACCCUUCAGCAGCAUGCACUGGGGCUUGUCUAGCUCAAGGGAUGUACUUGACCCUCGCUACCGCUGGGGCUCAAUCCACUUUCUCGAUUUUCAUCAACGACGCUUACGGAAACCCGUCUCCUGACAGAAAUCUGACUAUCAUGUCAAAGUUCUUUGGAGAUACAAGGGUGCUAUCCUCUGAUAUACACGAUGGAGAGAUCUAUGGUGCAGCCUUAACAGAGAAGAGCGGGUUGCGGGUGUUGAAUUUGGAAGGACUCGCAAAUUACAGUGAAUCAACCACUGGUGUUUCAAUAUUCAGGCUACUUUAA